AUGAAAAAAUUAUCCUUAAAUGAUGCUUGUAUUAUUGUCGAAUCUCAUGGUGGAAUAUGUCUUUCAACUGAAUAUAAAGAUAAUAAAACCCCAUUAUUAUGGCGCUGUUCUAAGAAUCAUAUAUGGCAUGCCCCACUUCGUAGAGUUAAAAAUUGUGGAACGUGGUGUCCACACUGCGCAGGUGUUGUAAAACAUACUUUUGAAGAUAUCAAAAAAAUCGCGUUAUCUAAACAUGGAGAGUGCCUUUCAACUGAGUAUAAAAAUAAUCAGUUGCCAUUAUUGUGGUGUUGUAAAGAAAACCAUUUAUGGUAUACAUCUCUUGGAAAUGUGAAAAAUGGUAAGUGGUGUCCAUAUUGUGCAGGCAAUGCUCGUCUUACUCUUGAAGAUGCCAAACAAAUUGCAUUUAGCCGAAAUGGUGAAUGUCUUUCGACCACAUAUAGAAAUUCCAAAACUCCUAUGACAUGGAAAUGCCAUCAAGGUCAUAUUUGGAAUAUCCCACUUAAUAAUAUUAAAAAUUCUGGUUCAUGGUGUCCAUAUUGCGCAGGACAUAUGAAAUUAACUCUUGAGGACGCAAAACAGAUCGCAUUAUCUAGACAUGGGGAAUGUCUUUCAACUGAAUAUAAAAACAUAGCUGAACCACUUACUUGGCGUUGCCAAUCUAAUCAUCAAUGGCAAAAUUCACUUAAUCAUAUUAAAAAUGGAGGACAAUGGUGUCCGUUUUGUAUUGGCCGAUAUCAAUCUAUUGAGGAUAUGCGUAAACUCGCGCAAAUAAAAAAUGGAGAUUGCCUUUCAGAACGAUACUAUAACUCAUCUGUCAAGCUAGGAUGGAUUUGCAAGAAUAAACAUAGAUGGAAAGCUAUUCCCAAUAGUAUUCAACAAGGAUGCUGGUGUCCAUAUUGCGCAGGUCAUAUGCAAUUAACUCUUGAGGACGCGAAGCAAAUUGCAUUAUCUAGACAUGGGCAAUGCCUUUCAACUAAGUAUAAAAAUAAUCAAUUACCACUAUUAUGGUAUUGCAAAGAAGGCCAUAUAUGGCAAGCAUCUCUCAGUAAUGUGAAAAGUGGUACCUGGUGUCCAUUUUGUUAUAGAUUUAAACGCGAACAAUUAUGUCGAGAAAUUGUAGCAAAAUACCUUGGUCUACCAUCUGAAAACCGCAGACCAGAUUUCUUGAAAAUCCCUGAACAUCCUAAAGGGUUAGAACUUGAUAUUCCCUAUUAUGAAUAUGGAUUUGCAAUUGAAGUGCAAGGAGAGCAACACGAAAAAUAUAUAGAAUUCUUUCAUAGAGGGGACCCGAAUAAUUUUAUCAAGCAACAAGCACGGGAUCAACUAAAGAAAGAAUUAUGUGAAGAGAACUGGAUUACACUAAGAUACGUUUGGUAUCAUGAAGACCCAUAUGUAGUUAUUCCAGAGCAUCUUCGGGAAUUGGGUCUCAUUGAUUAA